AAAGAUUCAUCUUCUUUUUUGUUUGUUUAUCUUUUGCCCUGGAAUUUACUCAUUUACUAUUUUAGUUAUAUGAUAAUCAUGUUUCGAAAGUAACUUUCUCAACCAUAACUGUAAUCUAAGAUGUGUGUUGUAUUUAUUUACUUGAUACUUGAAAUGGUAACAUGUUCUUAUCUUAUGGUUAGUUUGAUCUUGAAGGGAGAUUAUAUCUACGUGAAUCAAACUUGGUGGGACUCAAAACUUGUGAAAUGUCUCUUUUUGGAUGCUGUUUUGGAAAUAAAGCAUCUCCACCAAGGCAUCAAAUAGACAUUGAAGAGGAUUCUGAAUUGGUUAAGAAAUUGGUACAGAAGUUUCAAGCUGUCAGAAUGCUAAGAUAUACAGUUAUAGGGAAUUGCGGAUGGCAACCGAAGACUUUAGUCCCUCAAAUAUGAUAGGGAGAGGAGGGUUUGGAUCUGUUUACAAAGGGCGACUAAGAGAUGGAACUUUGGCUGCUGUUAAGGUGCUCUCUGCAGAAUCAAGGCAGGGCUCUAAAGAGUUUUUGACAGAAAUUGUUGUUAUCUCGGGCUUAGACCACGAAAAUCUGGUCAAGUUGUAUGGUUGCUGUGUGGAAGAGGAUCAUAGGAUGCUGGUAUAUGCCUAUAUGGAAAACAACAGCCUUGCCCAAACUCUUCUAGGUUCCAGGCACACUGGCAUUCAGUUUAGCUGGAAGGCCCGCACAAAUAUAUGCAUUGGUGUGGCCCGGGGGCUUGCAUUUCUCCAUGAAGAAGCACAACCACAUAUUGUUCACAGAGAUAUCAAAGCAAGCAAUGUCCUUCUUGACAAAGAUCUCAAUCCAAAAAUUUCUGAUUUCGGUCUUGCAAAGCUCUUCCCAAAUGAUGUCACUCAUAUCAGCACCCGCGUUGCAGGCACUCAAGGUUAUUUGGCCCCGGAGUAUGCACUGCUUUCACAACUCACAAGGAAAGUAGAUGUUUAUAGCUUUGGAGUUCUCCUUUUGGAAAUCGUUAGUGGAAGAUGCCACACCAACACGCGCCUCCCCAUUGAUGACCAAUACCUCCUUGAAAGGGUUUGGAGACUCUAUCAAAGAGGGGAGCUUGUUCAGGUGGUUGAUGAAUCACUAGGAGAGCACUUCAAUAUCGACGAAGCUUGUAGAUAUGUGAAAAUCGCUCUCUUGUGCACCCAAUCAAUGCCCAAAACCCGUCCAUCUAUGCCCAAAGUAGUCAAAAUGUUGACAGGAGACAUGCCCGUGGAUGAUUCCGCGAUAUCAGAACCCGGUUUGUUGUCAGAACUAAUGAAUCUCAAGGGUCAAAGGAAAGAGAAAGGAUUGACGUCGUCCAAUGGCUCCGGGAACGAAGGUAAUACCUCUUCGUCCGGGAACUUGACUGUGUCACAGGCAACGAUGACUUUCUCGUCGAUAUAUAACCGAAGUGGUUGAAUCAGACUCAGAAUUGCACCUCUCAUUCUCUUGUUGUUAAAUUCAUAUCUAAUCAAAUUGUAUAUUUAUAUAUAUAUUUCUUGAUGAUGAAUCCCUUAGUUCAUGAGAAGUUUAGCUUCAGUGUACCCAGUAAGUCUUUAGAGAGGAUCCUAAUUU